GUAAACGAAACCUUGGAAAUCCGUUUGACGUGUCUCCAAACGAUUAUUUCUGCACCGGCUCGUAACGUUAACCAACGACGGUUGCAUAGCUUAGCUUGCAGUCUCAGCAUAGCUUAACGUUGCUCACUCAGGAAACGUGGAAAAAAUAAUAAUAAAUAACCCCAGCGGUCCUGUCAACGGCAGGUGCACUGCACGGGGGAUACCGCGCAUCACCACCGCACCUGCGGCUACAGGCUGAGUCACCACUGGUGAGGAGGAAGGUCUGGAGAGGGAACGAGAGAGGAGGAGGUGGAGGAGGAGGGGGAGAAGAAGAAGAAGAAGAAGAGGAAGAAGAAGUAGCAGGGAGGGAGCCAGGGAGAUAAGCCACAACAGGAAGCAAACCGACACACACACACACCUUGUGUUUGUGUGCGUGUGUGUCUGAGAGAGAGGCUGCGCGAACGAGAGGGUGAACGGGAAAGGAAGGGAGGGAGAGUAACGCGGAGGCUGGGAGAGCCGGCCCCCCUCUCCUCUCCUCUCCUCCUCCCUCUCUCUCUCUCAGUGGAGCAGGCGUGUAGCGGCAUCAGACUCGGCGUGAAGGAACCAUGAGCGAUGUCACCAUCGUUAGAGAGGGAUGGCUCCAGAAACGGGGUGAAUACAUAAAGAACUGGCGACCACGCUACUUCCUGCUGAAGACAGACGGCUCUUUCAUCGGCUACAAAGAGAAACCUCAGGAUGCUGACCUGCCCUACCCCCUAAAUAACUUCUCAGUAGCAAAAUGUCAGCUGAUGAAGACAGAGAGGCCAAAGCCAAACACCUUCAUCAUACGCUGCCUCCAGUGGACCACUGUGAUCGAGAGGACGUUUCAUGUAGAUUCCCCUGACGAGAGAGAUGAGUGGACAGAGGCCAUUCAGAUGGUGGCCGACAAACUGCAGAGGCAAGAGGAGGAAAGGAUCCAGUGCAGCCCCACCUCCAACAUUGACAACAUGGUGGAGGAGGAGAUGGACAUCUCCACUACGCACCACAAACGAAAGACAAUGAGCGACUUCGACUACCUGAAGCUGCUGGGAAAGGGAACCUUUGGUAAAGUGAUUCUUGUCCGGGAAAAGGCCAGCGGGAAAUACUAUGCCAUGAAGAUCCUUAAAAAAGAAGUCAUCAUAGCCAAGGAUGAAGUGGCUCACACACUCACAGAGAGUAGAGUACUAAAAAACACCAGGCACCCCUUUCUAACUUCACUGAAAUACUCAUUCCAGACUAAAGACCGCCUCUGUUUUGUCAUGGAGUAUGUGAAUGGAGGAGAGCUGUUUUUCCAUUUGUCCAGAGAACGGGUGUUCUCAGAGGAGCGCACGCGCUUCUACGGCGCUGAGAUUGUCUCAGCUCUCGACUACCUGCAUUCAGCCAAGAUUGUGUACCGGGACCUCAAGUUGGAAAACCUGAUGCUGGAUAAAGAUGGUCAUAUCAAGAUCACAGAUUUUGGGCUCUGCAAGGAGGGCAUCACUGAUGCUGCUACCAUGAAGACCUUCUGUGGCACACCAGAGUACCUUGCACCUGAGGUCCUCGAGGACAAUGACUACGGUCGAGCGGUGGACUGGUGGGGUUUGGGUGUUGUGACGUACGAGAUGAUGUGUGGUCGGCUGCCGUUCUACAACCAAGACCACGAGAAGCUGUUUGAGCUUAUCCUCAUGGAGGACAUCAAGUUCCCGCGCACUCUGUCAGCUGAUGCAAAGUCCCUGCUGUCUGGCCUGCUCUUCAAGGACCCCAACAAACGGCUUGGAGGAGGACCAGAUGAUGCUAAAGAAAUAAUGAGACACAGUUUUUUCUCUGGUAUUGACUGGCAGGAUGUCUACGAUAAAAAGCUCGUUCCUCCAUUCAAGCCUCAGGUGACAUCGGAGACAGACACCAGGUACUUUGAUGAGGAGUUCACAGCUCAGACCAUCACAAUCACCCCACCAGAGAAAUUUGAUGAGGAUGGGAUGGACUGUCUGGACAACGAGAGACGACCACACUUCCCGCAGUUCUCGUACUCUGCCAGCGGUCGGGAAUGAACUGUCCAUCACAGUGACAUCAUCACAGCUGGUCACUGUGGGAAGAAGAGACCCACAGCUUUGGACCAACCCAGAAGAACCAUGACUUGAAGGAUUUUUGCCCUUCUCCUCUUCCUCAUUCUCUGUUUUUCACCUCUCCAGUGUGCUUCUCUCUUUUUGCCCUCCCCCCCACCCAGUCCCUCCUUAGAGAAAACCUUCAGGUGAAAUUACGGUCUAAUCCUGCACUGCAGCCCCAGGUGAUCCGAACUGUGAUGUGAUCAGUUGUUAUGUAAUGACCCUUUAAUGACGGGAGCACCUCCGGUGGCCUGCUGUGCUUUGACAUGUCGGUCCUGCCAAACUCUAAAAACGAACACCUCUGAUGCAGUUAGACAACAGCUGAUGCAUUUUUAAGGAGACGUUUUUGUGGCUUCUUUAUCCGUAUGACGGACUGAAACACAGCAUUUUGAGUCAUUCAAAACCCAAACUGCCAUUACCGGUUGUAUCUCAGGCUUUUGCAGAUAGACAGACAGACAGACAUUCAGGUCUGAUUUGAAAUCCUCAGUUACAUAAUUCUGGGAUUUAUUGAGGCUGCCUGGCAUUGAGGAAACAGUUGUUAAAGUGAGCAGAAUCCUGCACACCUCAUGCUGUCGAGCAGGAUUUGACUCAGGUUUUGCUCAGUGCAAGUCAUUAUCAUCGUUGCUGCUAUUUCAACUACUACAACAACUAUUACAGGUACCGCUGUUCCUACUGCUAUUAUACUACUACUGCUACUACUAAAACCCGGUGCUACAAUACUGGCUAAAUGCUGCUGAUCAUUAUAUAUGUGCCAGCAAAAUAUCAACCACACCAAUGCUUAUACAGCUGCUACUCCUGAUGCACGGCUCUUACACAUGAGCUCUGUAAAUCAAACGCGUGUCGUGUGUGUUUGUGUGCAUGUUUAAGGUCCAGUUAUGGGUUUGUGUUUAAAGAUCGCAUCUCAAAGCACAGCAGUUCAGAAGGAUGUGCCUCCCAAACCAUGAGCUUUACUACAUAACCCACACAAUGCAGUGCAAGACGUUGAUGAUGCAUCCAUUACUGCAGAGGUGAAAACAAGAAAAAAAAAAAACAGCUUUGAAUUGCCCCCCCGCCAAAGUUUUUUUUUUUUUUUUUUUCCCUCAGUCCCGCUGAGUUUAAAUCUCUUAAAGGGAAAACAAAACUGAAACGGUACUUUUGUUUCGGCGAUGGAAAGCUUUACUGUGACAUGUCGUUAUAGCGGCUUUUGGAUCCAUACGGCUGUACCUCUCUGUCUGUGUGCAAGAAAGGGAAACUCAAGCAGGUGCAGAUACACCACAGAACAAAAAGUCCGGGAUGGCAGGGUGAGUGUAGUGAUGAGAGAAGAUCAGGAAAGAUAUGAAACAUUUAGAAUUUGAUAAGAAGCCAUGAGGUAACACUUGAUCUGUGUCCUGAGAGUUUCUCACGAAGGAUUUUAAAAAUACGUAUGGUUCGUGACGAGGUACACAUCGACAGUUAUGGGUUUACAAGAAUCACAGCAAUGGUUAUAAUAUAUAUAUAUACAUGUUCUAUUUAUUGUUCUACUCAUGAGUUUUAUAUUUACCUUUUUCUAUUGUUAUUACAUUAUUCUAGAAAGAAAUAUAUUGUUAUUUCUUAGGGCUGAGAGGGGGGAAAAAAGCACCUCAAGAAACAAAAAUGGCUGAAGAAUGUAGGAGGGAAAGCAGAUAGCCUUCCUGCUCCAUUUGUUUGUGUUUUAAUGAUGUUUUUGUGUUUUUGUGACCAAAAUGUGACAGCCGAGAGGCGACAGGACACAUUAAAGACAGAUCAUAAAGGUAUGGGAGAAUGGUUGACAGACACCCAGGAAUUUGCGUAAUUAUCUCAAUGAGAUGUCUAAUAUGAAGACUGGUGGAUAUUGCUCCUAUUUAUUUUUACCACAGGUAUGUGUUGGUGAUGGUUGAGGCACAGUUGGGCGAGAAAGACGAAGUAGAAGUUGAGCAGAAAGAUAACAAAAGUGCAGCACAAAGGCUGAACGCAAGGCUUUAGGUGUAAGUGUUUCAAGAACAGAGGUGAGUUAGUACUGAGAAAAGAAACGCAGGUUUGAAAGUCAGUCAUCGUUUUCCUGUCAGUUCUUUGGAUGUUUAGGAGAUAAAGUUUAUUUAAAGAUGAUCAGGUCUUUACCGCUAAACCAUCCCCGCAGUUUUCUGUCUUUAACGUGCGCCGUCAUUUCUCCAGUCCAGACUUUCUUUGUUUGCAGUCGUCACAUUGUUGUACGUCUUCCAGUCUGACCAACAAAAUUUAAAAUCCCCUCAAAGUCUCUGUCUUCAAAUGGCCGGUAAGCCUUAUGGUUUAGCUCAGAAUAAGUCAAAAACUUUGACAUCCAGCAUUUCUGAGUCAAAAAAAAAUAAAAUUAUAUAUAUAUAUAUAUAUAUAUAUAAAAAUUUGAAAUUGCAACAUGUUCAUGUUGUGGGAAACUUCACCUUCAGUGUCUGGAUGACUGAUUAAAGAGAGUACCAGGGGAUGUGCUCUUACUAGGCAUAGAAAACUGUAUUCCACUAUAUUUAUUUGAAUGUUUUUAUCAUUAUUGAGGGAUAACUUGAAAUUUUUUUUCUAUUUAAUUUAUUUAAUGUCGUUUUGUUUUGGCAUUUAGCAGUAAGGGGGUGUAGUUGUGCUUCAACACUUUGUGCUAAAAAUAAAUGUCCUCGUUUUUUCCUUUACAGAUAUACAACAAAUUACCUGUUUUUCCGCUGCUCUGAACUCCAUAUGCUUUACUGUUGCACAUCCAUUAAACCGCUACUAGGCGCUUUAUGGCAGAAAGUAUAAAAAGAUGGCGCUGGCCUGCAAGCUGUAGUCCUCCUCUGUCCACUCCACCAGACCUGAGUCAAAGUGGCAUUCAGAACUCUUAUGAAAAAUACUGCUCUGUGAUCGAUUGAGCCUGUCUGGCAUGGCUGAAGCGAAAUGAGUACAAAUCCCACCCAGCUGGCACCCUCAACAGGCUCAAGCAAACGCUUCCCAAGUAUUUGGAAGGAUUUCAGCUUUGAUUUGACCCAGGUCCGCGAGCGACUGAGGAGUUCUAGCUGCAUGUGCACGCUUAACGCCAAAAUCAUUAGAAAAGUUCAUAAAAUAUCGCUUUGUAGCUUUGGCCACAGCACUUUCAACACCCAUCACUUUUUAUGUGAUUCAGAGGAAUCUGGUUCAGCUCUGCUUUAAAGGAAGACUUUUAGCUUUUUUUUUUUUUUUUUGAAAAUGUUUUUAAGAAAAUGAGGAUUUUUAAACCACAUCACCCCCUCCGUGUACAACCACUAUCUUUGAUGUCGCUCUGAUGUCGAGAGCUGGCAAGACCUGGAUGAAGUGUGCCGCACGCAGAGACGAAUCAGAGCUGUGAACUGGGCUCAGUUGGAAUUUUUAGUAAAUUGGUCAGUGUUUGUAAAAAUAAAUAAAUAAAAAAAAACUGAUCAACCGUACCCCUGAUGUCCCAGAUUCCUGCUCUGAUUUGGAAAGUUUUUCCUUCAGUAAGCCGCCAACACUCCCCGCUCGAACCUCGACGGAUUCAGGUUUAUGUAGUGACAGCAACAAUAUCAGAGGCUGAUUCUAGGGUCAGAGAUCAAAAGAGGAGGGUUUCCUCCUAGGUGAAGCUUUGCAGUCCUCUUCAUCAGUGUGGGCUUUCCUGUAAGGACAGCAGAUCGGUUGUGGACAUGUGGCUCAGUUCUCAGCACUGAACAGGGGUUCUUAAUCUCAAUGCAGAAAUUCAGUUUUCGCCUUACGGCUUUACUGGUGACCUCAACAGUUUGAGAUCUGACGCUGCACUGACGGCGUUCACUCUUAAAGCUGCUGUUGUUUGUGCAUCUAUCACAGGCUCCACUAGUGUUUCGGGCAUACAUGAAAUUCUCUCAACAAUCGACCUCAUUCAUUGUUAAUGAACCAGUCAGCCAAAAAUCAUAAACCGCGCUCCGCCAGAUUAUAAGUAAAUGGUUUGAGUGUUUGGAAGGUUUUCUGAAAGUGUUUGACCUCGUGUCUGUGGCAGAUUCCCCUCCCCUCUCCUCUCCAGUACUAGUCCGCUAUCAUCAUGAUUAACAUAAACAAGCAUGAGAUACA